AUCUCUCCACUCUCCGGCUCUCCUCCCUCCCUCCUCCCCCCUCCACCCUCUGGGCCGGAUCUCGUCUCGCUGAGGCGGAGGAGGAGAAGGAGGAGGACGUUCGGCUUGCGCAGUGAGAUGUUUGUCCGUCGCCGCCGCCGCCGCCAUCGCGGAGGAGCGCGAUAAAGGGAGCUGAGCCGGGCGUGAGGGGGACCCCGCGGAGCAGCCGCGUCAGCGCAGCCCCCCAGCUGAGCCCCAGCCGCCGGAGCCCGAGUCGCUGCCGCCCCCGCCGCGGCCGCCCAGGGGCCGGCCAGCUCCCCAGCCCAGCCCGGGGGCCGCGCCGCCGCCCCCAGCGUCGCCCCUCGCCUGCCCGCCCGCCUUAAAUGUGACACCGGCGCCUCGGAGUGCGACCCACAGCCGCCGCCGGGGAGGGUACGAGCACCAUGUCGAAUCUGAGCAAAGGCACGGGCAGCCGGAAGGACACCAAGAUGCGGAUCCGGGCCUUUCCGAUGACCAUGGAUGAAAAAUAUGUAAACAGCAUUUGGGACCUUCUGAAAAAUGCAAUUCAAGAAAUCCAGCGUAAGAAUAACAGUGGUCUUAGUUUUGAGGAGCUCUAUAGAAAUGCAUAUACAAUGGUUUUGCAUAAACAUGGAGAAAAGCUCUACACUGGACUAAGAGAAGUUGUUACCGAACAUCUCAUAAAUAAGGUGCGAGAGGAUGUACUUAAUUCAUUGAAUAACAACUUUCUUCAAACGCUAAAUCAAGCUUGGAAUGAUCAUCAAACAGCUAUGGUGAUGAUUAGAGACAUACUAAUGUAUAUGGACCGUGUAUAUGUACAACAAAAUAAUGUGGAGAAUGUCUACAAUUUGGGAUUAAUUAUUUUUCGAGAUCAAGUUGUACGAUAUGGCUGUAUUAGGGAUCAUCUACGACAAACAUUAUUGGAUAUGAUUGCAAGAGAGCGGAAAGGAGAAGUUGUAGACCGAGGCGCAAUAAGAAAUGCGUGCCAGAUGUUAAUGAUUUUAGGUCUUGAAGGACGAUCAGUCUAUGAAGAAGAUUUUGAGGCUCCUUUUUUGGAAAUGUCUGCAGAAUUUUUUCAGAUGGAAAGCCAGAAAUUUUUAGCAGAAAACAGUGCUUCAGUAUAUAUAAAGAAAGUAGAAGCUAGAAUUAAUGAAGAAAUAGAACGGGUGAUGCACUGCCUUGAUAAAUCAACUGAAGAGCCUAUUGUAAAAGUGGUGGAGAGGGAACUUAUUUCCAAGCACAUGAAAACUAUAGUAGAAAUGGAGAAUUCUGGGCUAGUACAUAUGUUGAAAAAUGGAAAGACAGAAGACCUUGCUUGCAUGUACAAGUUAUUUAGUCGUGUGCCAAAUGGUUUGAAAACAAUGUGUGAGUGUAUGAGUUCCUAUUUGAGAGAGCAGGGUAAAGCCCUUGUUUCUGAGGAAGGCGAAGGAAAAAAUCCUGUUGACUAUAUCCAGGGCUUAUUGGAUCUGAAGAGUAGGUUUGAUCGCUUCCUGCAGGAAUCAUUUAAUAAUGACCGACUCUUUAAACAAACUAUUGCGGGUGACUUUGAGUAUUUUCUCAACCUCAACUCCAGGUCCCCUGAAUACCUCUCAUUAUUUAUUGAUGAUAAGUUGAAAAAGGGAGUUAAAGGGCUAACAGAACAAGAAGUAGAAACAAUAUUGGAUAAGGCAAUGGUCCUAUUUAGGUUUAUGCAAGAAAAAGAUGUAUUUGAACGUUAUUAUAAACAACACUUGGCAAGGAGACUUCUCACAAAUAAAAGUGUUUCUGAUGACUCUGAAAAAAAUAUGAUAUCUAAGUUAAAGACUGAGUGUGGAUGUCAAUUCACAUCAAAACUGGAAGGAAUGUUUAGGGAUAUGAGCAUCUCAAAUACAACUAUGGAUGAAUUCAGGCAACAUCUACAGGCAACUGGGGUAUCAUUAGGUGGUGUUGAUCUCACAGUCCGGGUGCUCACAACAGGAUAUUGGCCCACUCAGUCAGCCACACCAAAGUGCAACAUCCCACCAGCACCAAGACAUGCUUUUGAGAUAUUCAGGAGGUUUUACUUAGCGAAACACAGUGGUCGGCAGCUCACACUCCAGCAUCACAUGGGUUCUGCAGAUCUCAAUGCCACCUUUUAUGGACCAGUCAAAAAGGAAGAUGGAUCUGAAGUUGGUGUUGGAGGGGCACAAGUCACUGGCUCGAAUACACGGAAGCACAUACUGCAAGUCUCCACUUUCCAGAUGACCAUAUUAAUGCUCUUUAAUAAUAGAGAAAAAUAUACGUUUGAGGAAAUUCAACAAGAAACGGAUAUCCCUGAAAGGGAACUUGUUAGAGCCCUGCAGUCCCUCGCCUGUGGUAAACCAACACAACGAGUUCUCACAAAAGAACCCAAGUCAAAGGAAAUAGAAAAUGGUCACAUAUUCACAGUUAAUGAUCAGUUCACAUCCAAACUACACAGAGUCAAGAUUCAAACAGUUGCUGCCAAACAAGGUGAAUCUGACCCAGAAAGGAAAGAAACACGGCAGAAAGUAGAUGACGACAGGAAACAUGAGAUAGAAGCUGCUAUAGUGCGGAUAAUGAAGUCUAGAAAGAAGAUGCAGCACAAUGUGUUAGUAGCAGAGGUAACUCAGCAGUUGAAGGCUCGAUUCUUACCAAGUCCAGUUGUUAUUAAGAAGCGUAUUGAAGGACUUAUUGAGAGAGAAUACUUGGCACGAACACCUGAGGAUCGCAAAGUAUACACAUAUGUAGCAUAAAAUGCGUUCAAAAAUUUGAUUUAUUCUUGGACUGUACUCUUCGCAUGGACUGGGAAGUUCUUUUAAAUCAUUAAAUAUUAAGACGACCAUCUCUUCUAUUAAAUUACAGUACAUGUUCUAGACCAUUCAGAUCAAGCCUUUACUCCUUUGAGAGUUUUCAACAUCAAUUGAUUGAGCUUCAGGCUUUACAACGUUUAUCCCUGUAGAGAUCAUCUUUACAGUUCCUCGGGAAAAUGUGAAUGUGCCGCGUUUUGUUUUCAAUACUGUAUGAAAACAGGAAAAAAUAAAACAAAAUUUAGAAAAUACAAGCUCAUUAAAAUAAAAUUGUUGGAUUUCAUUUC